AUGCUCCGGCAGCUUUACCAGCUUCAGAGUUCACUGCAUGAGUGGGCAUCAACCUAUCUGACAACCCCAGUCCUCACAGAAGAUAAGUUCCCCUCCCCUCCCCAUGGAGCCUGGCUGCUGUGGUUCCUGCUGGCAUCCCUAAGUCUGCCCUGUGUGGCACGAUCUUCUUCUACUGCGUUCAAGGUAGGGGUGGUAGGACCGUGGAAAUGUGACCCUCUGUUUGCUAAGGCACUGCCCCAGACAGCAGCGCAGCUAGCUGUGGAGAGGAUCAACAAUGACCCCUCACUGUCCCUGGGCACCACCUUUGAGUAUGUCAUCAUUGACGAGGACUGCCAGACAUCCAUGGCACUCAAGGGUUUCCUAGGUCACUACGCACAGGCUAAUGCCUUCCUGGGCCCUGUCAACCCUGGCUACUGUGAUGCAGCGUCUUUACUGGCCAACAACUGGAACAAGGCCCUGUUCUCUUGGACCUGUGUGAACUAUGAGCUGGACGACCGAAGUAGGCACCUUACCUUCGCCCGCACGGUGCCCUCGCCCACCUGGGUGCUGCUCAGCCUGGUGAGACACUUCCGCUGGGCACACAUAGGGAUCAUCUCCUCGGCUGAGGAUGUGUGGGUGGACACAGGCAGCAAGGUCGCUGACGCCCUGCGGAGCUACGGCCUCCCCGUCACCACUGUGGUCUCCACAGACAAGGACCCUGCCAGCAUACGACUGGCUCUGACUAGGGUCAAGAGGGCAGAAAACAUCCGCAGUGAGUACUGUUUAUCAUUGGGGGUUUUUCUUUCAAUACAUCUAUUGUCUGUCUACCACUAACUACUAUUACAGUGCUGUCAGUACCAGAGGCAGUUUCAUUCAUUACUAACGUAUCACAACUACUUCUACUAGUAGUUGUAGAACUACUUCUACUAGUAGUUGCUAGUCUCCCGAGUGGCGCAGUGGUCUAAGGCACAGCAUCGCAGUCCUAGCUGUGCCACUAGAGAUCCUGGUUCGAAUCCAGGCUCUGUCGUAGCCGGCCGCGACCGGGAGACCCAUGGGGCGGCGCACAAUUGGCCCAGCGUCGUCUAGGGUAGGGGAGGGAAUGGCCGGCAGGGGAUGUAGCUCAGUUUGUAGAGCAUGGUGUUUGCAACGCCAGGGUUGUGGGUUCGAUUCCCAUGGAGGGUAUUAAAAAAGAAUGUAUAUAUACAUAUACAUCAUAUAUACUAUAGGGCUACACUACUACUUACUACUACUAUACUAUUACGCUGCUACUACUACAUACGCACUACUAUGGUAUAUAUACUAACUGCUGCUAUAUACGUACUACUACUGCUACUACUACUAUACAUACUACUACUACUAUUACGCUGCUACUACUACUAUACUAUACUACUAUACUAUACUACUGCUGCUGCUACUACUACUGGUACUACAACACUACUACUAUACUCACUACUACUAUUACUACUACUUACUACUACUGGUACUACUACUACUACUAUUACUACUACUACUACUACAUACUACUACUACUAUAUAUCUACUACUACUACUACUACUACUACUACUACUAUGCUACUACUACUACUGCUACUACUGCUACUACUACUACUGCUACUCCUACUACUACUACUACUACUACUACUACUGCUACUUCUACUGCUACUACUACUACUGUUACUACUACUACUGCUAAUACUACUACUACUACUGUUACUACUACUACUGCUACUACUACUACUAGCAUUGCUACUGCUACUACUACUACUACUACUAACUACUACUGUUACUACUACUACUACUACUACUACUUACUACUAUUGCUACUAGCUACUACUUACUACUAGCAUUCUACUACUACUACUACUACUACUAUUUACUUACAGCUACUCCUACUACUACUACUACUACUACUACUACUGCCUGCUGCUACUACUACUAUUACUACUGUUACUACUGUUACUACUACUACUGCUACUACUACUACUAGCAUUGCUACUGCUACAACUACUACUAGCAUUACUACUACUACUACUACUACUACUGAUACUACUACUACUAGCAUUGCUACUGCUACUACUAGCAUUACUACUACUACUACUCUAUACUACUUACUACUAACUACUAUCUGUACUACUACAUACUACUACUACUACUACUACUACUACUACUACUAAUGCUACUACUACUAUACUACUACUACUACUACUACUACUACUGCUACUACUACUACUACUAGCGUUGCUACUGCUACUACUACUACUAGCAUUGCUACUACUACUACUACUACUACUACUACUAAUACUACUACUACUACUACUACUAGCAUUACUACUGCUACUACUACUCCUACUACUACUACUAUUAAUGUUACUACUAUUAAUACUACUACUGCUACUACUACUCCUACUACUGCUGUUACUACUGCUGCUACUACUAGCAUUACUACUGCUACUACUGCUACUACUACUACUACUACUACUACUACUACUACUACUACUACUGCUACUAUUACUACUACUACUACUAAUAAUAAUACUAAUACUACUACUAAUACUACUAUUACUGUUACUACUACUUCUACUACUACUGCUACUGCUACUACUACUACUACUACUACUGCUACUGUUACUACUACUGGUACUACAACAACUACUACUACUCUUCCUACUACUACUACUGCUACUACUACUGGUACUACUACUACUACUACUACUAUUACUGCUACUACUACUACUACUACUAUUACUGCUACUACUACUACUACUAUUACUGCUACUCCACCUCCUCCUCCUACUACCACUACUACUACUAACCUCAUGUCUCAUUGUCAUUUGUGUCAUCAGUGGUGAUCCUCUGCAUGCACUCUGUGCUGAUUGGAGGGCACACCCAGAGGUUGCUGUUGGAGACGGCUCUGGACAUGCACCUGACGGACGGUUCCCUGGUGUUCAUCCCCUAUGACACCCUGCUCUACAGCCUGCCCUACAGGGACGUCCGCUACCCCGCCCUCAUCAACAACGGCAAGCUGCGGAGAGCUUACGACGCUGUCCUGACCGUCACCAUGGACUCAGAGGAGAACUCCUUCUACAAGGCCUACCAGAAGGCUGUGAAUGUUGGGGCGGUGCCCAGACACAUCAAGCUCCACCAAGUACAGCUGAAUGGGCUGAGGACAACUGGGGUGUUCAUGCAUAGGCAUAGUUUUGGGCCAUUAGAGUGUCCAUGAUUUUGUAUAUUUGCAUUUGUGUAACAAUCUCUCAUGGACAGACUACGUAAACAUAUCUGACUAAAUAUAGGUAUGUUCUUAUUUAAUUUUUUCCAGAUUUCUCCUCUGUUUGGUACCAUCUACAGCUCAAUCCUCUUCAUGGCUAACGCUCUGCAGAAUGUGCGUGAUGCUGGGGAGUGGAGGUCUGGAGCCAACCUGGUGCGCCACUCCAGGAACAUGGCUUUCUAUGGUUUCAGCCAGCGUGUCCGCACCAAUGGCUCCGGGGCCAGCCUGUUGGAGUAUGUGGUGCUGGACACAGAUGGGCAGUCCUGGCCUCUGCUGCCCACCCACUGUGUGGACCUGGAGGCUGGGAUGGUCAGGUCUCUGGGCCGCAGCAUCCACUUCCCAGGUGGGGUCCAGCCCAGCCCAGACUCCAGCUGCUGGUUCAUUCCAGGCACCUUAUGUACAGGAGGUGAGAAUACAGAAAAUUAUACUAAAUGACAAAUGAAGGUGAGGGGGCUAAACGGAGACAGAUGAACACACUGCACUUACGCACACUCACACGCAGGCAUGCACGCACACACACACACACACCAGCAAACAGGAGGGGAACAGUUACCAUCUGUUCAUAAAGAGGACAUCUUUCUCUAGAGGAAAGUAGAACAGAGAAUUAGAACAGGGUGUGGUGGUAUGUUGACAUAGUUUGUGGUAACUUCAGGAAGCUAGAGAUCUUUAUAAACCAGGCACUUGAUAUUCAUUAUAUGAUGUUCUACUAUGAUAUGCUUUUGUUUCAGGAGGAGUGGAUCCAUUCCAUCUUAUCAUAAUCUUCCUGUGCAUCCUUUCGACCAUUCUCUUCUCAAUUGGACUCUAUUACUGUAUAAGGUAUUCUAUUUAAGCAAUAAGGCCCAAGGUGGUGUGGUAACCAGUUUAGCAAUAAGGCCCAAGGUGGUGUGGUAACCAGUUUAGCAAUAAGGCCCGAGGUGGUGUGGUAACCAGUUUAGCAAUAAGGCCCGAGGUGGUGUGGUAACCAGUUUAGCAAUAAGGCCCGAGGUGGUGUGGUAACCAGUUUAGCAAUAAGGCACCUUGUGGGUUUGUGGUAAAUGCCCAAUGUACCACGGCUAAGGGCUGUUCUUAUGCACGACGCCUGGAUUCAGCCCUUAGUCGUGGUAUAUUGGCCAUAUACCACAAACCCCUGAGGUGCCUUAUUGCUAAACUGGUUACCAACGUAAUUAGAGCAGUAAAAAUAAAUGUUUUGUCAUCCCUGUGGUAUACCACAGCUUUCAGCCAAUCAGCAUUCAGGGCUCAAACCACCCAAUUUAUAAUACUGUGUAAGGUACAGAACUUUCCACAUAUUCUUGUUUGCUAUUUUCUACAUUUGUAUGACUAAAGUUUAUAACAGCUGGUAAUAGCAGCAACAUUUCUCAAUAUGUCUUCACAGACCUUUAGGUACUUUCUGAACUACUACUGAUGUCACUCCUCCCUCACCCCUCUUCACCCCUCCCUCCACUUUUCACCCCUCCUCACCCCUUCCUCACCCCUCCCUCCACUUUUCACCACUCCUCACCCCUCUCUCCUUACCCCUCUUCACCCCUCCUCACCCCUCCCUCCACACCCCUCCUUCCACCUUUCACCUUUAGGAGGCGUAUCAACCAGAUUCGUCUAGUCAGAGGUCCUGACAAGAUCAUGCUAACCCUGGCAGACGUGAUCUUCAUCAACCCCUCACUCAGUAAUAAGGUAAGAUCCCCUAACUGACUGUAUCUGGAAGAUCCAAUGGGGUCAUAUUUAAGUUCCCACAUAAUGAUUGAUAUACACUACAUGACCAAAAGUAUGUUCAAAUUAGUGGAUCCUGCUAUUUCAGCCACACCUGUUGCUAACAGGUGUAUAAAAUUGAGCACACCGCCAUGCAAUCUCCAUAGACAAACAUUGGCAGUAGAAUGGCCCGUACUGAAGAGCUCAGUGACUUUCAACGUGGCACCGUCAUAGGAUGCCACCUUUCCAACAAGUCAGUUCUUCAAAUUUCUGCCCUGCUAGAGCUGCCCCGGUCAACUGUAAGUGCUGUUAUUGUGAAGUGGAAACGCCUAGAAGCAACAACGGCUCAGCCGCGCGAAGUGGCAGGCCACACAAGCUCACAGAACGGGACCGGCGAGUGCUGAAGCCCGUAGUGCGUAAAACUCGUCUGUCCUCGGUUGCAACACUCACUACCGAGUUCCAAACUGCCUCUGGAAGCAACGUCAGCAAAAUAACCGUUCGUCUGGAGCUUCAUGAAAUGGGUUUCCAUGGCGUGCAGCCACACACAAGCCUAAGAUCACCAUACACAAUGCCAAGCAUCGGCUGGACCUCAACCCCAUCGAAACCCUUCUUUGGGAUGAAUUGGAACGCCGACUGCGAGCCAGGCCUAAUUGCCCAACAUCAGUACCCGACCUCACUAAGUCCCCGCAGCAAUGUUCCAACAUCUAGUGGAAAGCCUUCCCAGAAGAUUUGAGGCUGUUAUAGCGGCAAAGGGGGGACCAACUCCAUAUUAAUGCCCAUGCUUUUGGAAUGAGAUGUUCAACGAGCAGGCGUCCACAUACUUUUAGUCAUGUAGUGUAUGUGUUGGACAACACAUGGAAUUGAAAAAUAUAUAUUUUGUUUGAUAUCUUUGCAGCAUGACGAGUGCUUUUGUCAAUAACCUAUGUUUUUCUCUCCAUGUGUCAGAAGCUAAGUUUAGAUGAGAGCAAAGCGGGUGAUAUGAGUAGGAAACCCUCAGGUACGGAUCGUCAGAGCCUCUCUACGCCCUUCUCUGACUCCACCGUCACCCCGGCAACCUAUGAAAACUCCAACAUAGCCAUCUUUGAGGUAACAGGGUGCUCUGCUUCCUUUUUCUCUUCUAAGAACUUUCAGGGAGUUCUGAGGCUUGUCUGAAAGUUGAUUCAGAACUAUCAAACACAUACCUUUUUACAGGGAGUUCUGAGGCUUGUCUGAAAAUUGAUUCAGAACUAUCAAACGCGUACCUUUUUACAGGGAGUUCUGAGGCUUGUCUGAAAGUUGAUUCAGAACUAUCAAACGCGUACCUUUUUACAGGGAGUUCUGAGGCUUGUCUGAAAAUUGAUUCAGAACUAUCAAACGCGUACCUUUUUACAGGGAGUUCUGAGGCUUGUCUGAAAAUUGAUUCAGAACUAUCAAACGCGUACCUUUUUACAGGGAGUUCUGAGGCUUGUCUGAAAGUUGAUUCAGAACUAUCAAACGCGUACCUUUUUACAGGGAGACUGGGCUUGGAUGAAAAGACUCCCGUCUGGAAACUUUAAAGCCAUAACUCCCCAGACAAGUGACGUCUUUGAGUUGGUGAGUUUCUACUGUCAAAUAUACUGUCAGUUACGAUGUAAGAAGAUUUGAUGAUGAGAAAUCCAGUUGAUUAUAACUGAUGUUUCUAUAUUGUCCAUUAAAAUGAGCCCAUUGUCACCUGCUCUGUUCUUUCAGAUGAAGGACAUACGCCACGAGAACGUCAACCUCUUCCUGGGGUUUUUCCUUGACUGUGGUGUUUUUGGCAUCGUGACAGAGUAUUGCUCACGUAGCAGCUUGCAGGACUUGCUAAGCAAUACUGACGUUAAGCUUGACUGGAUGUUCAAGACCUCCCUGUUAUUAGACCUUAUCAAGGUAACCACUAGUAGGAAAAGUAGUGGGGUGUGGGCAAAAUCCUAACAGAAACAUACCGAGGCCACAAUGUGCUUUAAACCAUUUCACAUUAAUAAAAUAAUAAUAAUAAUAUGCCAUUUAGCAGACGCUUUUAUCCAAAGCGACUUACAGUCAAGUGUGCAUACAUUUUUACGUAUGGGUGGUCCCGGGGAUCGAACCCACUACCCUGGCGUUACAAGCGCCAUGCUCUACCAAUUGAGCUACAGAGGACCACAUUACAGAUUUGUUAGAGUUUAGGGUUCCAAAGUUCAAAUGCCCAACUCACUGUAUACCUACAGCAGGCUACCUUUCUCUCUGACAUGACACCAACACUACAUUUUUUCUGUCUUCCAUAGGGCAUGAAGUACCUCCACCACCGAGGUGUUUGUCAUGGACGACUCAAGUCUCGGAACUGCGUAGUGGACGGCCGCUUUGUGCUCAAGCUCACAGACUACGGCUACAAUGAGAUUUUGAUGGCACAAAGGUUCCCAUACGAAGAUCCUUCCGCAGAAGGUGGGUGUUAAGACCACUAAGCUUUGUUACUAGUUAAUUUGUAACUAAGAUAACAUACAGUACAAUCUAGCAUCAUAAUAAAACUAUCAUAAGCAAUCAUUAAGGUUGUUGUUAGAUGGGAGUGUGCGCCUGUACAACAAAAUGCUUUAUAUUAAUAUUAUUACAUUUCCUUUCUGUGUAUAUGUCUGUGUGUUGUGUGUGUGUGUCUGUGUGCAUGUGUGUGCAUGUGUGUGCAUGCGUACUUGCCUGUGUGGUUGUGCAGAGCUGCUGUGGACGGCCCCUGAGAUCCUGCGGGGCUCUCACCCAGGGCUGUGCGGCACCCAGCUGGGGGACGUCUACAGCUUCGCCAUCAUCAUGCAGGAGGUGGUGCUGCGGGGACCUCCCUUCUGUAUGCUGGACCUGUCUGCUGAAGGUGGGGAUCACUCAUCCAAUCACAACCCCAGACACAAAACAACAAAGUAGAAGAGACAGUCUUAGGGGUGUGGUUUAAUACGGGUUGUGGUUUAAUAAGGAUGUUGUUUAAUAGGGUGUGUGGUUUAAUAGGGGUGUGGUUUAUAGGGGUGUGGUUUAAUAGGGGAUGCGUGGGUGAGUCAGGCUUCAUUUGAAUGCGUAUACAUAUAUGCCGUCUGUUGCAUGCAUAGUCCCAGUGCUGUCUGUCGGUUCUCCCGUGUGACUCAGUUGGUAGAGCGUGGUGCUUGCAACGCCAAGGUUGUGGGUUCAAUUCCCACAGGGGAAAAAGUAAAAAAAUUAUGCUCUCACUACUGUCACUCAAUGUCUGCUAAAUUACAAAAAUGUAAAAACAAAAAUGUCAGUACUAGUAGAUACUGUAGCUUGGUCUUGGCGGCUCAGAGCGUCUGCUCCUGUCUGCCAGAUGUCAUUCAGAAGGUGAGGAAUCCUCCACCACUGUGCCGCCCUGUGGUGUCACCAGACCACGCCCCCCUGGAGUGUAUCCAGCUGAUGAAACAGUGCUGGAACGAACAGGCAGAUAGGCGUCCGUACUUCAAUGACAUCUUUGACCAGGUACCUGAGACAUCAAACAAGUUGAUCACUUACUCCACAAUCAAUGUAUUUUUAAAAAAGAAAUUUGACUAAUAUAAGGGAACCUUUUUGUCAGUAAAAGUUUGACUGGAGGAUAUAAAUGUAUCAAUCGAUUUCACCUUUAACCCCCUCCCAUCCCCCAUCAAUCCCAGUUUAAGAACAUCAACAAGGGGAGGAAGACCAACAUCAUAGACUCCAUGUUGAGGAUGCUGGAGCAGUACUCCUCUAACCUGGAGGAGCUGAUCAGAGAGAGGACCGAGGAGCUGGAGAUAGAGAAACAGAAGACGGAGAAACUACUCACUCAGAUGCUGCCUCCGUGAGUAACAGACGCAUACACUCAAAGUUACUGACUAGGAUGUACACAUUUUUCUCCUAAAACGAAGUAUCCAGUUUCCAAAGACUAUGGCCCUAAAUGGUGUUUCUUCUCUGUUUGCAGAUCUGUUGCAGACGUCCUGAAGGUUGGCGGUACUGUGGAACCGGAGCAUUUUGAAAAUGUAACACUUUACUUCAGCGACAUAGUAGGUUUUACCACAAUCUGCCAACAGCGAGCCUAUUGAAGUGGUAGACCUCCUCAAUGACCUCUAUACCCUAUUUGACGCCAUCAUUGGCAAUCACGAUGUAUACAAGGUAAGCCUUUUGCUUAGAAUGAAUCACUUAGCGUGUCUUCUUGUCCACCUUUGUAACCUACUGAAGAUAUUUCCUCUUCGAUGGUAGGUGGAGACAAUAGGAGAUGCAUACAUGGUGGCGUCCGGCCUACCUGUUCCCAAUGGCAACCGUCAUGCUGCAGAGAUAUCCAGCAUGGCUCUGGACAUCCUGAGUUCUGUUGGCACCUUCAAGAUGAGACACAUGCCAGAUGUGCCUGUCCGCAUACGCAUUGGACUGCACUCAGGUCAGGGCUCCAUAAAAAAUAAAAAUAAACAUAUGAACAAAAAGUACAAAUAAUUUUGACAUUAACGCCACAUACCAUACUGAUAUUAAACAUUCAUCACCAUCAUAAACAUAGUCAAAGUGCCACGAACUUUCAUAGGUAUCCAGUGUGUUUCACUUUUUCUCACGGUGUGUCUCGUAGGAAUAAGCAUGACACCAGUGAUGUGUGUGUGUGUGUGUGUGUGUGUUUGUUUGUAGGCCCGUGUGUUGCUGGGGUGGUAGGCCUCACCAUGCCCAGGUACUGUCUGUUUGGUGACACAGUCAACACUGCCUCCAGGAUGGAAUCCACAGGAAUGCGUAAGACCUCUCAACUGCCACCAGAGAGCCAAAUAUGGCUAAAAGAUGAAGCAAUUCUAGGCGUUGUUUAAGGAAGCGCUUUAUCCCAGAGUCCCAAAAUAAGAUUUUUCCUACCAUGUUGUUUGCAGCAUACCGAAUCCAUUUGAGCCAUAGCACAGCAAAGAUCCUGGUGGAUCUGAGAGAAGGCUACCAGGUUCAACUUCGUGGAAAGACAGAGCUCAAGGUCAGUUGAGAGCUUUGUACUCUCACUCUCUGGCAUUUCUAUUACCCUCAAAGUAAAACAUCAAAUGAACAACUGAACACUGUUUUAGUGACUUAUCUGUGAUAAUAAUGACCUUGGACAUCUCAUGUCUCUACAGGGGAAAGGCAUGGAGGAGACCUACUGGCUGGUUGGAAGAGACAGUUUCACCAAACCCCUGCCUGUGCCACCUGAGCUCAAGUCAGGGUAAGGAGUGUCAAGGCAAAGUCCUUUAACGAGAUGCUUAUCUUUGGUCCAAGUGACUGUGAUUCUGCAGGUAUCAAACUACACUAAAUGACCAAAAGUAUGUGGACACCUGCUCGUCGAACAUCUCAUUCCAAAAUCAUGGGCAUUAAUAUGGAAUUGUUCCCCCUUUGCUGCUAUAACAGCACUUUUCUGGGAAGACUUUCCACUAGAUGUUGGAACAUUGCUGCGGGGACUUGCUUCCAUUCAGCCACAAGAGCAUUAGUGAGGUCGGGCACUGAUGUUGGGCGAUUAGGCCUGUCGGCGUUCCAAUUUAUCCCAAAGGUGUUUGAUGGGGUUGAGGUCAGGGCUCUGUGCAGGCCAGUCAAGUUCUUCCACACCGAUCUCGACAAACCAUUUCUGUUUGGUCCUCGCUUUGUGCACAGGGGCAUUGUAAUGCUGAAACAGGAAAGGGCCUUCUCCAAACUGUUUCCACAAAGUUGGAAGCGCAGAAUCGUCUAGAAUGUCAUUGUAUGCUGUAGCGCUAAGAUUCCCCUUUACUGGGACUAAGGAGCCUAGCCCGAACCAUGAAAACAGCCCCAGACCAUUAUUCCUCCUCCACCAAACCUUAAAGUUGGCACUAUGCAUUCGAUCAUGUAGCGUUCUCUUGGCAACCAUCAAACCCAGAGUCAUCCGUCGGACUGCCAGAUGGUGAAGCGUGAUUCAUUACUCCAGAGAACGCAUUUCCACUGCUCCAGAGUCCAAUGGCGGCGAGCUUUACACCACUCCAGCCGACACUUGGCAUUGCGCAUUGUGAUCUGAGGCUUGUAUGCGGCUGCUCGGCCAUGGAAACCCAUUUCAUGAAGCUCCCGAUGAACAGUUAUUGUGCUGACGUUGCUUCGAGAGGCAGUUUGGAACUCUGUAGUGAGUGUUGCAACCGAGGACAGACGUUUCCACUUCACAAUAACAGCACUUAAAGUUGACCGGGACAGCUCUAGCAGGGAAGAAAUUUGACGAACUGACUUGUUAGAAAGGUGGCAUCCUAUGACGGUGCCAUGUUGAAAGUCACUGAGCUCUUCAGUAAGGCCAUUCUACUGCCAAUGUUUGUCUAUGGAGAUCGCAUGGCUGUGUGCUUGAUUUUAUACACCUGUCAGCAACGGGUGUGGCUUAAAUAGCCUAAUCUACUAAUUUGAAGGGAUGUCCUCAUACUUUUGUAUAUAGUGCAUGUAUCAUGAACUGAUUUCUAUACAAACUACACUUUACCAGCAGAUCAUAAAGAGUUACAAAGGCUGUGUUUAAAAAGGCAGCCCAAUUCUGAUUUUUUUUUCACUAAUUGGUCUUUUGACCAAUCAAAUCAGUUCUGAAAAAGAUCUUGAUGUGACUGGUCAAAAGACCAAUUAGUGGAAAAAAUAUCAGAAUUGGGCCGCCUGUGUAAAUGCAGCCUCUGACUAUUUACAGUGGACACAUGCAGCGCAUCAUGAGUAGGGUUGGCCAGCUUUGGUCUUGAGUUCCUAUGUGGGGCAUUUCCUUUACCUCUCCAAUGUAUGUUUCAGGCAAAUGGCUCAUGGCUUGCAGAUGGAGGAGAUCAGCCGAUACAAGCGGAAGAAAGCGGAACAACAACAACUUGCCAAGAAUAAUAAAUGAAGUAGUGUUAUGCAUGAAAAAUGUAUAGCAUUACAAGGUGUUCAUGACUAGAGUAGUAUCUCAGUGGGAUACUCAUUAUGUACACUGACUACCUUUUUACUCUUCCUGGAUGUUGUUCUGCUGAAGAUCUCUGAAGAUCUUGCUAACAGCUGACUAACGUUGUGUUCUUUCAAACUUAAACGGAGCGCAAGUGGGACUCUCUCUUCAGCAAUGACAGUUCAAAGGGGGAAAAAAAAGGCCACAGGCUUUAUGAACUGAUGUCCCACAUCCUUCUUGCUGUCUUUCAGAACGAAGACAGCGAAGGACUUAAAGCAUCUCCUGCAGAAAGCGGUGAGGAGGCUCUUGACUGUGCGGACAGUGACUCUGACUCUGGCAGCAGGUUUGGAUGAGGAGGACAAUGUGAUGAUGCAUCAUCACUGA